CGCUGCACCGGAAUCCGCUUCCUCUGCCGGGGCUGCAGUCUGGCUCCCGCCUGCCAGUGAAUGGGAUGCUUGGCACGCUAGGCGCCUUGUAGUAGGCAGCCAGGUACCCACAGGGGAGCAGCAGCCCCACGCACACGCUCACCAGUCACCGUGCCAGGUCCCCCCGUGGGCGCCCGCCCGCACGCACCGCCCUGCACCUCUGCCCGGACAGCGGCAGGAGGCAUGGACAGGUUCCUGGGCUUCGUCAGACAGAUCCGAAGAUCCAGGAGGAGGAAAGGCAAGAAGUACCGACCCGAGGAGGAUUACCACGAAGGCUACGAAGACGUGUAUUACUACGCAUCGGAACAUUUCCGAAAUGAGGGUCCUUACACAAAGUCUGCAAACCAAUCUAAGGCACCCGAUGGGGCACUGGCAGUCCGCAGGCAGAGCAUCACAGAAGAGUUCAAGGGCUCAACUAUAGUUGAAUUGAUGAAGAAGGAAGGCACCACACUAGGGCUGACAGUGUCAGGUGGAAUUGACAAGGAUGGGAAGCCAAGAGUGUCUAACCUACGUCAAGGAGGAAUCGCUGCUAGAAGUGACCAACUGAAUGUGGGAGACUAUAUCAAAGCUGUGAAUGGAAUAAACCUCACCAAGUUCCGCCACGAUGAGAUUAUCAGCCUACUGAAGAAUGUUGGAGAACGAGUGGUCCUUGAGGUGGAAUAUGAGUUGCCUCCAGUGGCAAUACAAGGAUCAGGGGUGAUGUUUAGAACAGUGGAAGUUACUCUACACAAAGAAGGCAACACCUUUGGAUUUGUAAUACGAGGAGGAGCACACGAGGACAGAAAUAAAUCUCGUCCUGUUGUAAUAACUUGCGUUAGACCUGGAGGACCAGCUGACAGAGAAGGCACAAUUAAGCCAGGUGACAGACUGCUGAGCGUUGAUGGAAUUCGCCUUCAUGGAACAACGCAUGCAGAGGCCAUGAGUAUUCUGAAGCAGUGCGGCCAGGAGGCAACCUUACUGAUAGAGUAUGAUAUCUCCGUAAUGGACUCUGUAUCCAGUGCCUCUGGCCCUCUGCUCGUGGAAGUUGCCAAAACUCCUGGUUCUAACCUUGGAGUGGCUCUAACUACCUCCAUGUACUGCAACAAACAGGUCAUUGUGAUAGACAAAAUUAAAUCUGGAAGUAUUGCCGACAGGUGUGGGGCGUUGCAUAUCGGUGAUCACAUCUUGUCGGUGGAUGGCACAAGUAUGGAAUAUUGCACGUUGGCUGAGGCCACCCAGCUGUUAGCUAGCACAUCUGAGCAUGUGAAGCUCGAGAUUUUACCCUACCACCAGACCCGCUUGGCAUUAAAAGGUCCAGAUCACGUAAAGGUUCAAAGGAACAAAGACGGGCAACUUCCCUGGAACUCCUCUGCCAACAGCCACAGCCGCCAACAUUAUAACACCUACCACCCUGAUCAUUGCAGGACGCCAGCCAUGAAAUGCCAGAAACCACCUCCUCAAAAACUCCUUCCAUUGGUAUCCUCCUCCUUCUCUCCUACCUCCAUGAGUGCAUACAGCUUGAGUUCACUCAACACUGGUACCCUACCUCGCAGUCUGUACCCAACCAGUCCACGUGGGACCCUGAUGAGGCGGAGAAUGAAAAAGAAAGACUUCAAAAGCUCAUUGUCAUUAGCCUCUAGCACCGUGGGAUUAGCAGGACAGGUUGUCCACACGGAGAGCACGGAAGUUGUUCUGACUGCUGACCCUAUAGUGGGGUUUGGGAUACAGCUCCAGGGCAGCGUGUUUGCCACAGAGACUCUGUCUUCUCCACCUUUGAUUUCCUAUAUCGACAUUGACAGUCCAGCUGAAAGAUGUGGAAUUCUCCAAGUUGGAGACAGAGUGAUAGCAAUAAAUGGUGUUCAGACUGAGGAUAGCACUUUUGAAGAAGCCAAUCAGCUUUUACGAGAUUCGACCAUUGCAGGAAAAGUCACCCUGGAAAUUGAGUUUGAUGUUGCAGAGUCUGUGAUACCCAGCAGCGGAACGUUCCAUGUCAAACUACCAAAAAAACACAAUGUGGAACUUGGCAUAACCAUAAGCUCUCCUUCCAGUCGGAAGCCUGGCGAUGCCUUGAUUAUCUCUGAUAUAAAGAAAGGAAGCGUUGCACACCGCACUGGUACAUUGGAACUUGGGGAUAAACUACUUGCUAUAGAUAACAUCCGGCUAGACAACUGCUCUAUGGAAGAUGCUGUUCAGAUAUUACAACAAUGUGAAGACCUUGUAAAGCUCAAGAUCCGAAAAGAUGAAGAUAACUCGGAUGAACAAGAGAGCACUGGAGCCAUUAUUUACACCGUUGAACUGAAGAGAUAUGGAGGCCCAUUAGGAAUAACUAUUUCAGGAACUGAAGAACCAUUUGAUCCCAUAAUAAUCUCCAGUCUUACAAAGGGAGGGCUAGCAGAAAGAACUGGCGCAAUACACAUAGGAGACCGAAUUCUGGCUAUCAACAGCAACAGUUUGAAAGGGAAGCCUUUGAGUGAAGCCAUUCAUUUGCUACAGAUGGCAGGAGAGACAGUCACUUUAAAAAUAAAAAAACAAACCGAUGAAACAAGUCCCAAGCCAUUUACACCAUCCAGCAGGAUAAGUGAGAUGUGUGAUGUGGAUGACGAGACACCGGUUACACAGAAGUCCAGCAACCUAUCUGAUGUGUACUCCACCACAGUUCCUAGUGUGGACAGUGCGGUGGAGUCCUGGGAUGGAUCCGCUGUUGACACCACUUUUGGAAGUCAAGGGGGUAACUUCCAGGCUUCUGGAUUCAGCUUCAACGCGUUUGAAUGGAGAAACCCGAAGCAGAAAGGCAGCUUAUCUCCACUAAGCAGGUCACAAACUAACCAUUAUCAGGAUACGGGACUUAGUGAUGACGAAUGGGAUAGACCUACAACUAGUAGUUACACCGUAGGACAAGGAGAACCAGAACCUGAUCAAGAGGAAAACUUCUGGUCCCAGGCACUGGAGGAUUUAGAAACAUGUGGCCAGUCGGGGAUCCUGAGAGAGUUAGAGGCAACAAUCAUGUCAGGCAGCACGCUGAGCCUAAAUCACGACAACGCACAGCCACGUGGACAGCUGGGGAGACAAGGAAGCUUCCAAGAAAAAAACUCUGUCAGGCAGCAUUACAGCCAGAAUGCCCGCAGCAACACUUUACCGUCUGACGUUGGAAGGAAAUCUGUGGCCAUGAGAAAAAUUAAACAAGAAAUGAAAGAAAUUAUGUCACCUACUCCUGUGGAGUUACACAAGGUCUCCUUAUUUAAGGACUCUGAUCGUGAGGACUUUGGUUUUAGCGUUGCUGAUGGUUUACUGGAAAAAGGUGUAUACGUAAAGAAUAUUCGUCCAAAUGGGCCUGGAGAUAUAGCUGGCCUAAAGCCAUAUGACCGGCUUUUGCAGGUAAAUCACAUACGUACCAGAGAUUUUGACUGUUGCCUGGUCGUUCCACUUAUAGCGGACUCGGGCAACAAACUAGAUUUAGUUAUUAGCAGAAAUCCAAUAGCUUCGCAGAAGGAUGCGCCAGAUGUGGCAGCCCUGCCCGUAGACGAAUGGACAGAUCACAAUGACGCCUUCUCCCAUCAAGCAAGUGGCCGGCUGCCAGGGGCGGAUAUGAGAGAUUCCACUAAUACUUUAUAGCAGGACUGUAUAGGUGUAGUUUAUUGACACUGUAGCAAACUAAAUAUUUUAAUGAAGAAAAAGAACUGGUGCUAAUUCCCUGUCAAAUGACCUGUGACGUUUCAGAUACAACGUCCCUGGUGCCGCUUUACUGUUAAAGCGGGACACAAAUUUAGGUACUUUAUACACAUAGGACAGGAGUAGCAGGGGUUUUUACUUACAAACUACUACUUUGUGAGCACUCUAAUAUACGAGUGCCAUUCCUAGUUUAAUACAGAGGAAACAUAGGGCUUUCACGAUACGCUGUGAAGCUUCUAGACGUGGCACGGCCUGUGAACUAUGAGAAAGCGUCACACAGCUGUGUGCGCACUUCAAAAGCUGCUGAAAAGAAUUUCUUUUAAUUAUGUUUUUAGCACAUUUUAAUCUGUCGAGGAAUCAUUUAAUAAGGACCUGCUAGACUGAGACGGUCAGUCUGUUUUAUGCUCAUGGGCUCCCUCCCCUCGUACCAUGUACAGUUUCAUCGCGUAUUCAUGUUUGCGGUAGUGGCCAAGGGUUCACAUACGUGGUGCUUGACCCCUAUUGUGCCAAGCGUGUCGCUGACCCCUCGGACAUGCAGCGGGCCCUGGCACUGUAUUGCUUGCUCUGUUCCACACCCCGAAACAUUUUAAUUGUGAGAUGAAUAAACCUGGCUCUGCUGUUUGUAUAGUUGCAUCGAAAUGUUCAGAGCCAUGUGCUAGUGUUGUUUUAGGACUGUACAUGUGUUACAUUGCUUUGCCAAUGGUUUUAUCCCUCGAAGCAAUAAAGAAAUUCCUAUUUUGAUUGGAUACUCACCAGCAGCUCUGAUAUUUACUAGUGACAUCUGCUCAAUGGGAGAAGAUCCAGAAGAGAAUCCAAGCAUCCAUUUCUCUGUGUAUGUGUGUGUGAUACCACUGACUACAGCCCUGUUGGUAUUGUCAAUACACGUUACCCUUUCCUGUACUAAUACACUGUUUUAAAAACACUGCCAGUCAAAAUAUGAAUUCUUAACAAAAUAAAUGUAUAUGGGAGAAGAAAUCAUUUAUCUUAAGUCAAAUAUGUAUUUUUGUUUGUAACAAACAAGUAUUAAACUGUAAAGUAUUUUUGUACAAAUUUAAUACUUUAAUAGCAUGACAUUGUCUAUGUAUGGUUUUGAGAACCCAACCUGUUGCAAAUUUGUAUGGAACAAUGAUACUGUACAAACUGGAAUAAACCGUGCUUUAAAAACAAAAAA